CACCUGCGGUGCCUCUCCGCAUGCGGGGACUCGGGGCACCUUGACAGGACAGCCCAGGCGAGCGAGGAAGAGGUGGCGGGAUUUCUGGUGGCCACGGUGUUUGUAUUUUGGGCGCUGCGUGACUCUGUGUUGGCUCCCGAUGGCUGUUCCCUCCUUUUCCUAAAUUCUAUUUUACUUUAUUUUUCCCCCCCGUGGUGCAAGCUCUGUAUUUAAAAAAAAGGCAACUACGGGCCUGAGCGUGGCGGACGCCAGCAGGCUUCGGAGUGCCGAGGUCCUCACUCCGGGCGAGUGGAAAGACCGAGCCCGAGCCCGCCCAGGUUCCUGACCGGCAGGAGCCCGGAGGGGGAGAAGGGCACUCUGUGGCUCUGCCUGGGGCACCGAGUGCGGGUGGAGCGGGCGCCAAAGGGAGAGCUUUGUGAUUUUGAAAAAAAAAAAAAAAAAAAUAGACUAAGAGGUUGGUUGGAUUUGCAACCUGUGGCUCUCCUCGAGGGAGCAGGAGUAGGGGAAGGCAGCGUCGGCCCGGGGCGGGAGAGGGUAGGGAGCUGGAGCCUUGGAGAUGGGCUGCGCUCGGGGGGCGACAGCAGCGAGGGGCCACCCCGCUGCCGGAGGUAGUGACCGUGCUAACUGUCUGAGAACUGCGGGUUGCGUUGCCUUUCUCAUGCGGCGUUAUUGGAACCCUGGCGAAAAUUGGAGCUAAUGUUGCAAUGAGUUUUAAACCUCCCCCAUAGGAAACGACACAAGCCACCGGAUUUCUGUUCUUUUCUUCUUUUUUUGUAAGGAUAAAAAGACCCCCCUGUGUUGUAUUCCUUCCCUCGUGACGGUUCAGACUUGGCAGAGUGGCUGGCGGAGGUCCUGACAGCUGAGUAGGGACCAUGACCCAAGACGGGCGCAGAAGCUGUUACAGGGUCCCUGGCUGCCUCCAAAGGCCAGUCAUCGCCUCCAGAAAAGUUUUAAGCAAAAUUUUGGACUGUGAAGCAAGGCAUUGGGUGAAGACAAAAUGGCCUCGCCGGCUGACAGCUGUAUCCAGUUCACCCGCCAUGCCAGUGACGUUCUUCUCAACCUUAAUCGCCUCCGGAGCCGUGACAUCUUGACCGAUGUCGUCAUUGUGGUGAGCCGGGAGCAGUUUAGAGCCCACAAGACAGUCCUCAUGGCCUGCAGUGGCCUGUUCUACAGCAUCUUCACAGAUCAGCUGAAAUGCAACCUUAGUGUGAUCAAUCUGGAUCCCGAGAUCAACCCCGAGGGGUUCUGCAUCCUUUUGGACUUUAUGUACACAUCUCGGCUCAACCUGCGGGAAGGCAACAUCAUGGCUGUCAUGGCCACAGCUAUGUACCUGCAGAUGGAGCAUGUUGUGGACACCUGCCGGAAAUUUAUCAAAGCCAGUGAAGCGGAGAUGGUGCCUGCCCUCAAGCCUCCUCGUGAAGAGUUCCUCAACAGCCGCAUGCUGAUGCCCCACGACCUCAUGGCCUACCGUGGCCGGGAGGUGGUGGAGAACAACUUGCCGCUGAGGAACGCCCCUGGGUGUGAGAGCAGAGCCUUUGCCCCCAGCCUGUACGGUGGCCUGUCCACACCCCCCGCCUCCUACCCCAUGUACAGCCACCUGCCGGUCAGCAGCUUCCUCUUCUCCGACGAGGAGCUGCGCGACGCCCGCCUGCCCAUGGCCAACCCCUUCCCCAAGGAGCGGGCCCUCCCCUGCGACAGUGCCAGGCCCAUGCCUGCUGAGUACAACCGGCCGGCCCUGGAGGUAUCCCCUGGCGUGUGCCACAGCAGCAUCUACUCACACUCACCCAAGGAGGCGGUCCCAGAGGAGGCUCGGAGUGACAUGCACUACAGCGUGGCUGAGGGCCCCAAGCCGGCUGCCCCCUCGGCCCGGAAUGUCCCCUACUUCCCCUGUGACAAGGCCGGCAAAGAAGAAGAGAGGCCCUCCUCAGAGGAUGAGAUUGCACUGCACUUCGAGCCCCCCAACGCGCCCUUGAACCGGAAGGGUCUGGUCAGUCCCCAGAGCCCCCAGAAAUCCGACUGCCAGCCCAACUCGCCCACAGAGUCCUGCAGCAGCAAGAACGCCUGCAUCCUCCAGGCCUCUGGCUCCCCGCCAGCCAAGAGCCCCACCGACCCCAAAGCCUGCAACUGGAAGAAAUACAAGUUCAUUGUGCUCAACAGCCUCAACCAGAAUGCCAAGCCGGAGGGGCCCGAGCAGGCUGAGCUGGGCCGCCUGUCCCCGCGAGCCUACACGGCCCCAGCUGCCUGCCAGCCGCCCCUGGAACCCGAGAACAUCGACCUCCAGUCCCCGGCCAAGCUCAGUGCCGCUGGGGAGGACUCCAGCAUCCCGCAAGCCAGCCGGCUCAACACCAUCGUCAACAGGUCCCUGACGGGCUCGCCCCGCAGCAGCGGCGAGAGCCACUCGCCUCUCUACAUGCACCCCCCCAAGUGCACCUCAUGCGGAGCUCAGUCCCCACAGCAUGCCGAGAUGUGCCUGCACACCGCUGGCCCCACGUUCCCCGAGGAGAUGGGCGAGACCCAGUCUGAGUACUCGGACUCCAGCUGCGAGAACGGGGCCUUCUUCUGCAAUGAGUGUGACUGCCGCUUCUCCGAGGAGGCCUCACUCAAGAGGCACACGCUGCAGACCCACAGUGACAAACCCUAUAAGUGUGACCGCUGCCAGGCCUCCUUCCGGUACAAGGGCAACCUCGCCAGCCACAAGACGGUCCACACGGGUGAGAAACCCUAUCGUUGCAACAUCUGUGGAGCUCAGUUCAACCGGCCAGCCAACCUGAAAACCCAUACCCGAAUUCACUCUGGAGAGAAGCCGUACAAAUGCGAAACUUGCGGAGCCAGAUUUGUGCAGGUGGCUCACCUCCGUGCCCACGUGCUCAUCCACACUGGCGAGAAGCCCUACCCCUGUGAAAUCUGUGGCACCCGGUUCCGGCACCUUCAGACUCUGAAGAGCCACCUGCGAAUCCACACGGGAGAGAAGCCGUACCAUUGCGAGAAGUGUAACCUGCAUUUCCGCCACAAAAGCCAGCUGCGACUUCACCUGCGCCAGAAGCAUGGCGCCAUCACCAACACCAAGGUACAAUACCGCGUGUCGGCCACCGAGCUGCCUCCGGAGCUGCCCAAAGCCUGCUGAAGCAUGGAGUGCCGCGCUUUCCUCUCCAGCCCCUUCGCAGAACCUACCCAAAGGAUACUGUAACACUUUACACCGUCAUCCCUUGAUGCAGUGCCUCUUUCAUCCACUAGUGCAAAUCAUAGCUGGGGGUGGGGGUGGGGGGCGGGGCCGGGGGCGGGGCGCCGUGGCGCUCCCCUGCCCCCACUGCCAUAAAACAUUAAGAAAAUAAUAUUGCUUCUUCUCCUGUGUGUAAGGCGAGCCACGUCAGCACAAAGCAGAAUCAUUUUCUAUAUCAGAGCGGGGAGUACGCAGAGUCCUGACUUGACUUGGUCUACAAAAUGGGGAAUGUGUAUGUUUUGUGGGAACAGAUGUUUCUUUUGUAUGUAAAUGUGCAUUCUUUUAAAAGACAAGACUUCAGUAUGUUAUCAAAGAGAGGGCUUUAAUUUUUUUAACCAAAGGUGAAGGAAUAUAUGGCAGAGUUGUAAAUAUAUAAAUAUAUAUAUAAAAUAAAUAUAUAUAAACCUAAAAAAGAUAUAUUAAAAAUAUAAAACUGCAUUAAAGGCUCGAUUUUGUAUCUGCAGGCAGACACGGAUCUGAGAAUCUUUAUUGAGAAAGAGCACUUAAGAGAAUAUUUUAAGUAUUGCAUCUGUAUAAGUAAGAAAAUAUUUUGUCUAAGAUGCCUCGGUGUAUUUGUAUUUUUUUGCAAGUGAAGGUUUACAAUUUACAAAGUGUGUAUUAAAAAAAACACAAAAAAAAAGCUGCAGAAGGAAAACUGUGUAAUUUCGUUCUAGUUUUCAGUUUGUAUAUACCCGUACCACGUGUCCUCCCGGUGCCUUUUUUCACAGAAGUUUUCAAUGAUGGGCGAGUGCGCGCCGUCCCUUUUUGAAGUGUAGGCAGACACAGGGACUUGAAGUUGUCACUAACUAAACUCUCUUUGGGAAUGUUUGUCUCAUCCCAUUCUGCGUCAUGCUUGUGUUAUAACUACUCCGGAGACAGGGUUUGGCUGUGUCUAAACUGCAUUACCGCGUUGUAAAAUAUAGCUGUACAAAUAUAAGAAUAAAAUGUUGAAAAGUCAA